AUGACAUUUGAUAUUCAGGCACUGGCGCUGGAGCGCAUGCCGUCGUCAUCUCGCAUUAGAAUCAAUGUCGGCGGGCAAAUCUUCGAAACGUCCCGCGAAACGCUCGAGCUAGCGGGUCGCGGCUCGCUCCUAGGAGCCAUGCUGGACCCAGUCUGGGCGUCUCGUGACGCUCGCCGUUCCCACUUUCGCGAAUCUGAUCGUCAAUCUCAUCAUGACACGUGUCGCUCAUCGGGAACUCGCCUGAGACAGAUGGCCGAAGAGGAGGAAGACACACCGGAAAUCUUUAUCGACCGCGAUCCGAAGACGUUUGGUGUGCUGCUGAAUUUCCUGCGGUCCGGUGUUCUUAAUAUCCCGUCUGGAGUUACCGUUGAUGCGGUGCUUAGCGACGCGGACUAUCUCGGCCUGCUGGACGCGGUGAAAGGAGCGCUCCUGCCGCCUGCUCUGGACGCCAAUGAGAUGCACAGAAUGUCUGUUCUUCGCCCCAACGUGGGCCCUGCUGACGUGUGCACGGCACUGGCCGCGCAUGAAGACGGCUCUGUUGACGUGGCACAUGGCGCCCGUGUGACGUGUUAUGACUGGAUGCUGCGUCACACCGCCACCAUCAUCACCGACCUUCCCCAGGUGGACACAAUCUGCCGGCUGUCAGAGUCUCGGAUCAUCGUGGGGGGCGGCAAGGGCUGUUAUCAUCUGCCCAUCUACGACACACGGGCUGCAGUGGCUGCCUUCCAGGAACCUUCUCAUGGUCGUGCGCCGAUACACCCCUAG